UUUCUACCAAUCAGACGACGCGAGACACUUCCUCAUCAGUGCAGUGACUUCAGCUGAGUCGAGUAUGGAGGAGGCAAAUGUGGCCGCGUCUGGCGAGGGUACUGAUGCAACAAUGGUGCAGAAUGCAACUGAACGAACAAGCGCAAGAGCUGCUCUAUCUAACGGUACAGGCACGACCCCGAUAGCAUCUCCAGGAGCAUCAGGAGACGCAUCCGAAACAAGCGCAGACUCUGCCGGGCGUCGUAUUCAACAUCGCGCCAAUUAUUCGGUCAAGAAAAAGCGUGAGCUUAUCGCUCUAGCGCAAAUAGCGGGCGUGCGUGAGGUUUGUCGGAUGGAAGGUAUUCCGCGUCGUACACUGCGUCACUGGCUGGACGACGCCGAUAAGAUCAACAGCUUCGAGGGCCCAGAUACACGCAAGUCCAUUGGCCGCUCGGGCCGCCGUGAGAUUCUUCCCUUUGGGCGGGAGCUGAGCGCGUUCCUGGAGGAGGGACGACGCGAGGGAAGGGACAUGACGUCAUCUCACAUGAUCGACUACAUCAGACAGAACCACGCACAGUGGCUCGAGGGCUACAUGGCAGGGAAGAAGAGCGCUGAGAGUGGUCAAGCAGCACUCGCGAGGCUUUGCCAAAGGUUCGUAGAGCGACACGGAUUUACACAGGCAGGAGCAACAACAGGAUCGACCCGGUCCAGUUCGACAACAUCCAUGACGAGCGCUAAUACCCCUGCGGCGACUUCUAGUGCACCCGCAACGUCUACGGUUCCGGUGCCACCCUCCAGAGAGCUGGAAACUGAUGUUGUGCAGUCCAAUUCGUUGGAAUACGAUGUAAACGACGACAGCCCAUUGCUCUUCGGGCUGGAUAUCGGCACAACGGCUGUCAAGUGCGUCGUGGUGAAAGCUAACGACGGCCAGACUGUUGCCAUGGCCAACGUCUCGCUCAGCGAUGUGACCGUGCCGACUAGACACGGAGAAGACGUAGUGGAGAAUAGAAUCGGAGUGCAGAAUGUGGACCAGGUGCUGCUGGCAGUGCAGCGUGCCGUGAGAUUGCUACCAGAAGCAGCAAGACGGCGAGCCAUUUCGGUAGGUAUCUGCGGUCAAAUGCACGGCAUCGUGUGGUGGUGCAGCCGUGCUGUACACGAGGCGGCAGAACGCUUGCUGGCAACAGGAGGACACAACGAUGACGACACUUACGAGCCCGUGUGGAGCGAGCUUAUCACGUGGCAGGAUCAGCGCUGCACGCCUGCGUUCUUGGAGAGCUGCCGGGAGAAGAUUGCUCGCUUUAAACCUACGGAAAAUGCUUCGCCACCCAUUAGGAUUGCUGCUGGAUACGGACUGGCCUCGUUCGCUUACACUUUAGAGAACUCCCCGCGCACGUUAGUGGGCAUGGACGCUUGCGGGACGAUCCACGAUUUUGUGGCUUUUGUUUUGUGCGGCCAUACUCUCCGUAGCGAGACGUUUAUGGACACUACCGAUGCUCAUAGCUGGGGUGGACUGAAUCUGCAAACACAGACAUGGGACCCUAGAGUCCUGAGAGCGCUGCGGAUCCCAUCGUCGAUGCUGCCUACUGUGAAGAAGCCCGGCACGUGUAUUGGACACACCUCUGCUGGACACGCUGGUUUCGGACUGCCUGCUAACAAGCCAGUGUGCGUCCCGAUGGGCGACCAUCCCUGCUCCGUGUUGGCCGCUCUGUCCAAGCGCCAGUCACAGCCGGGAAGCGAAUCCAAUUUAACGCGUACGAUACAUUGUUAUUGACCAAGGCUACAAGAUAUGCACAUACUGACGUGGUGUUUACUGUUUUGAUUUUGGUUCCAAUAGUAGUGAACAUUGGCACGUCGGCUCAGAUGGCCAUGGUGCUGACUGGCGCAGACGUUGCGAAGCUGUCUUCUAGCAGAGAAGCCCAAGACCAAGGCAACUCUAGCUUUGAAGUACGGCCGUUCCUGUUCGAAGACCGCUUCCUGGGUGUCGCGGCCUCGCUUUCCGGGUUUGUUUCAACUUGAUUGCUCCCACAUUUCAUCUUGACUAAUGUAUCUGUGUGGUACGUGCAGCGGCAAUACGUUCGCGUGGCUGGUGCAGCAGUGGCAGCAAUGGACUGAAGAAAUGGGACUCACCCCAUCUAGCAACGACGACGAUGAAGAGCAGGCGGCGCAACGUGAAGCCGAAAUUUAUGCCCGAUUGAUCGGGUUGGGUCUGCAGCGUGAAGACACGGAGCUCACAUUCGUGCCGACGCUCAACGGUGAGCGUGCAGACCCCGACGCCACCGGUAGAAUCGUGAAGCUGCGCAUGAACAACUGGAGCAUGGGCGAUAUCAGCGCUGCGCUGUGCCGUGGCCUCGUGGACAACCUCUUCGCCAUGAUCCCCACUGAACUGCAGACUCUGGCAUCAGCACAACCGAUGAUCGGCACGGGCAACGCACUGGUGCGGAACGAGCUGCUGCAGCGGUUCCUGCUACGGCGCCUGGAUCAGCCACAAGCGCUGCACUUACAGACGGCUGCCGACGCUGCCGUGGGCGCAUCGCUCACCCCGUCGCUUUUGGGUGGACGCCCCGUUGUACUCAAUGUGUAGUGUUAAGUUUGUCGGUGCGGCGUCACUGCCCAUUGUGAUUUCAAACGGAUUUAAGCGCGAGAUAUUGCCCGGCGAAUAAAUGAAGCAGCACGUGCGUUAAAAAUCUCGACGUGAGAUGCCAACAAUUGAAAUGAGAUCCAUCGUUGCUGUACCCGGCUCGCAAGCGGGAUCUCAGGCUUGCAGUGCAUGUACAUGAAGUGGGUUGCGAGCUAAAUACCCAAGUGCACCCCGCAUUCAACGUUUAUCCAUGUCGACUACUGCAUCCAUAAGGAUGGAGAUCAUUGUUGCAAUGCGAUCGUUCACAAUAUCAUUGCGAUUGUCAAUAGCGAAUCUUUUCAGGCUCACGUUUUUCAUCGAUCCACGAUUAGCGGGAAGUUCAUACGUAGAUCUCACCGGCGCUGCAUGUAAAACUCACGGUUCUCGACUCGCUGAGGAAAUCGCAGAUUUGGCCGCCACGACGUCGUCGUUAAUAGACUGUAGUUGGAUGUGGUGGUGAACGUG